AUGAAUCCCUUAAUCGUAAAACUAAGCUGCGAUGAAUGCCGCCAACGCAAGACAAAAUGCGACAAGGGCUCCCCGUGUUCAGCCUGCAAACAUGCAGGAACGAAUUGCACAACUGUUCAACGUGCGCGCCAUCCUCGAGGGCGAAGUGGGAAUACCAAGAAGAAGACGGUGCUUGAAACGAGGGUGGCUCAGCUAGAAGAUCUGGUCAAGCAACUAGGGACGCAAAUAGAGAGGAACAAUGACAAUAGUGCGAUGGAUGCGUCAAAGUCGGAUUCUGAUCAGACUGUUCCGUUGCCAAUACCUAUCAAGGCUAAUGCAAUGCUGGCGAAGGAUUUCUUUGCGAAACUCUCUUAUGAGGUAGCGGGUAUCAGAGAAGUUCUUGACGACCCUUCCGAAGACAACGGCAGUUAUUUGUCAUCGGAACCUUCAGCAAAAUCUGGACCCAGCUCAGACACAUCCCCAACUUCAAUACUGUUUGGUUAUCAACCACAUAUAAGCGAUGAUGAACUAGUAGCGCCAGUGGCUGAUAAUGUCAGAGAAACCCUCCUAAAUAUCUAUCAUGAUCGCGUUGACUGCCUGUUCAAAGCAACCUACUGGCCUGCAGCCGAGACUGCCAUUAUCCAAAGGUAUGAAGAAUUGAAAAAAGGCACGCCUUGCAUGGUGCGUCCUGUCGAGCGUGCUAUUUACUUCAUGGCAGUAUGUGCCAUGACUGAGAGCGAGUGCGAAGCCAUGCUUUCCGAAAGUCGAAGCAAUCUCAUCUAUCGACACAGGCGAGCUGUGGAAAUUGCCUUGGCUCGCUCGGAUUUUUUAACGAAUCCUGAUAAGCUUGCUCUGCAGGCUUUUGUUCUCUACUUGAUGGGACUAAGGGUCUGCCAGCAGUAUGCUUUGUCCUGGUCAUUACUGGCAUUAGCCAUCAGGGUUGGAAAUGCCCUAGGUCUUCCCCUAACAGAACCGGGUAAUCCAGUAUCCGUUGGCGACGACUUGAAAACGCGCCUUUGGUAUUGUAUCGGCAUGCUGGAUUCGCAAACUUCGAUUGAUCGUGGCACCAGACCCAUGAUGACCCUCAAGGACUUUCAGAGAAAACCGUUACUCGUCAAUCAUGACGCUGGCAAAUACGCACCCCCUCUCAAGCGCCAGGAUUUAACACAUGACAUGUCAUUUUCACACGUGAUACAUGAAGCUACUGUAUGUUCGAGGACAUUGAUGGAAUUCCCGCCGGAUACAGCCGGUACAUGGGAGACCUGGGAUAAGAAGCUUCAAAUCGUAUCAGAUUUCGAGAUAUAUAUUCGACAAUACUGCUCUAGACUUGAGUGCCCCUCGCAUGACUUUCAACGCUUCGUGCAGUUCACCGCCGAGGACAUCGUGCUGAACAUGCAACUCCUCCUUCGAAGACCAAUGUUUCCCAGCAAAACCAGCCCCUUCCCGCCGUGGGACAAAUUUGAUGUUCUCAAAGUCACUACGGAAAUUAUUGAGAGGACUCUGUGGAAAGCUACUGAUAGUGCCUUUGCGCCAUGGGCAUGGCUCUCCAAGACGUGGCUCAAGUGGCAGGUUUUGGCAGUUUUGCUUGCAGAGCUGUGCACACCCCGCUAUGGCGAACUUGGCGAUCGGGCUUAUGCGGUUGCAAAAGAAGGGUUUGAUUACUGUUCUGCGUUGAUGGUAGAGACGGAUCUUGCAACAGUGCUGAAACCCCUUGCGAAGUUGAUGUCUAGAGUACUUGAGGUCCGGACUAGAAUGUUGAGUGAGCAGCAUAUCCACGGUGGAGUUUUAAACGUGUCAAGUGCCACAGGAACGAACACGUUGAGUCAGUUCAAUUCGGUGGGAAACACUUCAUUCUCUCUAUUUCCAACCGGCGUAUCGGAUUUGACAGGCUUGCCAUAUAUUGAUAACACCAAUGGUGCCGGUGUAUAUCUCAGCACCGAUCAAUUCACGCAAGCUGCAUCAUAUAUGAAUGGCGAUCUGAGUGCUGAUGCAUCUUGGCUUAAUUGGAACGUUUUUCUUGGAGAGAUGGGUGAUCCUUGGACGAUCGACCCCAACCCGGAAUACUAUAAUGGCACGAACACGUCGACAUUAUGA